AUGAGAAGCUUGAUUGCAAACAUUGUCCCCGGAUGUCUCAUGACAAGCACUAUUGCCCGGAGAAAUUGCAUUCCCGUAACCACCGAAGGGACACACGACGAUCUUAGCCUGUGGCGGAAGGACGACGGAAACGCGAGGCUUAUGCUGACAUCCACAGAUAUGCCGGGCAAGACAAUCGGAGAGUAG